AGCACUUGCACUGGGUAUAAAUGUUGGGAACCUAACUCUAUUCAAAUUCAGUUAAAAUUUAGAUUUUAAUGAAAAACAAAAUUUAUUUCAAAAUGAAACUGUUGUUGGUGCUUGUCUUGGCCAUUGUUGCCCUUAUUUCCUCAUCGGCCGCCCUUAAGGAUGAUAUCUGUGGCUUGGAACAUUCGAUGAACGGUGAUGGCAGCAUUAGCUGUAAUGCCUAUUUCCCAUCCUGGUCGUACAUCGCGGAAACUAAUGAGUGUGGCCAAUUUGUUUACGGCGGUUGUGGUGGAAAUGAUAAUCGUUUCGAAAGCUUGGAAGAGUGUGAAAACAAGUGCAAAGAGUGAAAUUGUUUUGUGGAAAUAAAUGAAAAUGUCUAACACAAAAAAUAAAAAAA